AUGUGGAUAAAAGAAAAUUUAUUGAAUAUAGCCUUAAAAAGUCUUCCUGAAAAUUCCAAAUAUAUCGCCUGGUGUGAUGCCGAUAUUUUUCUUACAGAAUCUAUUGAAAAUGCCAAUUUGCACCCUGACGGUAUAAAUAAGGUAGCUGAACACGAAAGUUUUGGAUCUUUUGUGGCAAAAGGAAAAGAAAUUAACCGAAUAUAAAAUAAUAUCGAUAAGAAAAAAUUUAGUGGAAAUAAAAGAUCUCGCUGUUAAGAUUAUGAUGAUAACUAAAGUUCACACGGUAAUUGUCAUCAUCAUGGAGAUAAUCAUUACCAUGGAAAUUAUGAUAAUAAUGAUAAUUGUGCAAAUAAUCACUAAAACAAUGAUAACUGUGUAAAUAAUCACCAAAACAAUGAUAAUUGUGGAAAAGAUCACCAUAACUAAGGUAAUAAUCAUCAUAAUAACAAUGGAGGAGAUCAUCAUCAUAAUAACAAUGGAGGAGAUUAUCAUCAUAAUAAUACCAACGGAGUAAAUCAUCAUUAUUAGGAUAAUAAUUGUGAAAAUCACUAUCAUAAUGAUAAUAAUGAUAAUUAGGGAAAUAAUCAUAAUAAUGAUGGAGGAGCAAUUGAAUAUAAUAAUAAUGAUUAAUAUAAUCAUGGAGAUGUACCAUUUUAUUGA